AAAAGAAAACAACCCUACCAGGGGCUGCAACAACAAAACCGAACGAACCGCAUUAUUAUUUUGCCAAAUUGUGGAAUUAAACUUUCUAACACUCCAUUUUAACAGGCUACAAUUAUGUCUGCAGAGUGGGUGUGUGUCCAGCGCCAGCAAGAUGAGUGUCGCCGUUAUCUUGAUCAGUUCAAAGUUCUAGACCAUCCGCUGAAACAGUCAACGAUAACGGUUCUGGAAAGUCGCGGCACUCGCAGCGGCAAGGUUCCAGUGGCUGCGAAUGGGAUUUCACUCGGCAGUAGUAAUACAGCUGCUAUGUCCGCCGCAACACUGUCGCUCGAUCCGCUAAGCAUUGCCUUCGAUGGAUCGGACCCAUUGAGUCAGUUCGCAAAGCAGCAGGUGACGUCGCUGGGCAAAGAUCCGCUGUCGCGAAUGGCUGCUGAGAUGGAAGGUGCUCUGCCAGUUGCAAAGUCAACCGCGCUGGGAUCUCGAAGCUCGCUUAGCAAAUCGAAGGAGCCAAAUAAUCUGCUGGAGCUGGAUCUGAUCGAACCAUGGGCCGCCCGUCGUGGAGCCAUUCUGAACAAAUACACCACCUCGGAGAAGCUGUCGAUCGUGACCAGCUUCCUCACCGGUGGGGAAACCAUCAAACCGCAGACGACAAUGUCGGAGAAGGUCAAAUAUCGAUUGGAGCAGCUGGAUGACUUUGACGAAGGUUCCGUGCGACAGAUGCUUGACCUAUCGCAGCAGGAGUACGUCGUUAAGAUCGAACAGCUGAAUCACGAGUUGGUGCAAGCAUGGAAUCAGGAUCAACGUGUGAAAGCGCUCAAAAUUGCAAUCCAAUGCUCGAAGCUGCUGUCCGACACGUCGGUCAUCCAGUUUUACCCGUCGAAGUUUGUCCUCAUCACCGACAUUCUCGACAUCUUCGGUCGACUCGUGUACGAUCGGCUGCGUACGAAGGCCGACUACGUGCAUCCGGGCACGCGUGAAAUGACUUCCCUGCCGGAAAACUUUACCCCCGACAUGGUACCCGAAUCGGCGAAGGAAACGUGUCAGAACUGGUUCUACAAGAUCGCUUCAAUUCGAGAGCUGCUUCCACGGCUGUACGUAGAGAUAGCGAUACUGCGCUGUUACAGCUUUCUGGCGCAGGACGAGUUUGGGCUGGCACUGCGAAGGCUCACGAAGAUGAUCCGCGGUAUCGGCGAUCCUCUGGUGGCCAUCUACGCCCGAUGCUACUUGUGCCGGGUAGGCAUGAGUCUCACGCUCGAUCGUACGUACAUAAGCGAAAACCUCGACGACAUCCUAAUGAUCUACCAUACCAUCUUUAACGGUGGCAUCCGGUCGGAAAUAGCACGCCACCGUAUCACAUUGAACGGUUACGCCUCGCUGUACCUGCCGGCACUGGAUUGGAUCCUGCAAGGGGUGGCCAUUCUGACGACCGACAAUCAGCUGGACGACAUUUUGCAACGCUGCAAGGAGAAGAAAAAUCCCGCCCUGCUGCUACAGUCCAUGAUGCAGUCCUUCCGCUCGGAUUUUAUCGCUUCCCGGGCCACACAUUUCGUCCAGAUUCUGUCCACCAUCUCGGUGGAAGGAUUAUCGCGUGGGCAGCUUUUUCGACUGCUCGGAAGCAUUCUGAGCCACACGCCACCACCCGCAGAGCAGCGGCUGAGUGUGCUGUCGAGCGCCAUGAAAGCAAUCACCUCGCUGGGGAAUGUGGAGGAGUUUAUGCAGUGUGCAGAAAUGUGGGCACAGUACACCAGUCAACACUUUGGGCUAAAGGAGGUUGACAUCUUCCUGGGAAGCGUGCUUCAACAGAUGGCACCUAAACGCAUCUACGAGCAGCACUAUCACGAGCUGCAAGUCAUCACGGACAAGAUUGUUUCGAACGCUCAAGACGUGCACGGCAUACUGGCGCUGGACAAUUUCCUUCCACUGUUGGACCUUUUUCAAAAGGAAUCUAUCAAACUGGAGGUGUGCAAGAACAUUCUCACCAGCUACCGGAAUGCCACUGCCUGUGAUAAUGCGAUCAUCAACGAUCCGGUAGUCACCAAUGCGCUCAUGUACAUCAGCCGAGUUUUGAACGACUCUGUCAACGCACUCACCGGAGAGGACGAACGCCGCCAAAUUAGCGGGCUUAUAUGCCACUUCAUUCGCAAGGUAGAUUUUGGACGCGACUUUGAACAGCAGCUUGCUUUCUACGUCGAGGCACGCUCGGUUCUGUCGAAUCUCGACACGGCACUAUCCACUCUCAUACACUCGGUCAACCGGUUAGCUACCAGCACGCGACGGAUCGUCAAGGGUCAGCACACACAGAAAACGGCCGCCUUCGUUAAGGCGUGCGCAGCCUACUGUUUCAUUACAAUUCCGUCCAUUAUCGAUGUUCGAACGCGCAUGGAGCUGUACCUGCAGUCCGGGCAGGUGGCGUUGCUGAACGUCUGCCUGCAGCAUGCCGAUUCGUGCUUUGAAGCCGCCAUCAAUCUAAUUCCCGAAGUCCCACGGACGGUGGAAAAUGACGGCAAGGUGCAUUCCACGGAAGGCUUCAUAAAAACGUUCAUCGUCAAUUUACUGUCCACGCUCGUCAUCGUACCGGAUAAUCCCACCCAAGGUGUGCUGUACUUGUUGCGCCUGUUGCUGGAAGUAGUGCCGAAGUAUCCGUUCGAACCAACGUCGGACAUUCUUUCCAGCAUCUAUUUGCAUGUGCUGGACUUUCUGUCUGUUGCGGCACAGGAGGUGUACCCGUACCAUAUCGUGAAUGUAAUUUCAAACGACGAGCUGUACGGGUCCGAUCCUAAAUUUAUCGCCGAAGUAAACGAGCUCUGCUGCACAGUGUGCGACAAACUUCUGCAGCAUCUGAAAGUGCUGCUGGAAUCGAAUGCCCUGCGAGCACAAUCGCAGCUGGCGCUGGAUCUGUUGCUCAAGAUCAUUACCGGCGCCGAUCUCUCGGUAGACAAGAUGUUUACUCUGACGGUUCAUUUGUGGAACCUGGCCGUGAAGAACCGAACCGCAAUAGAAGCGAAGCAAUUGCAAACUGUUAUACAGUACACUGAGCAUCUGGCACAGGUCACUCAGCUGGAAUCGCAGCGGCAAUGCCUCUGGAUGCUGUUGGAGAGAAUGAAAUCUCGGAAGUAAAGCUCAAAUCUCAAUGGGAGGUUCUUCUCGCACGUUUCGAAGCACGCAAUAACACACUACAUACAUUUAUACUCAUUCCCACGCUGCAGUGAACUGUUUCGCGAAACUAUUGUAUAAUCGACGUAUUAUAUUAUAUAAAUAAAAGCAAAUCAUUUUAAAUAUUUCAA